UCAUAUUUCAAUAGUUUAUAUAAAACAUAAAGACUUUAGGUUAAAGAUGACAACCUAAAUAUAUUGUUUACUAAUAUCUACACUCAGAAAUGAAAUAAAUUGACAACCCAUCCACUAUUAGUGUCUCCAUUCUCACAUUUCCACUUAUCUUGCUCAUUCAACAUCGUUUCUUUCCUCUUUGCCAAGAAGAGCUCCACGAAUUCGAGGCACAUAAGAUACUUUGAUCGUAAUAGAAUGGCGAGUGAAGCACCGAGUUGGGCGGAUCAGUGGGGGAACGGAGGAAUUGGGGUGAUGGCAGCGAAGGACGAGACCACUGACGGUAAGAAAGACGCCUCCGGGAAGAAGUCCGGCAAGACCAAAGCAGGGUUUAACAGAGCUAAGAUGGUUGCAUUUAUCGGUGUGAAUUGGAUGAAAAAUCUUGUGCAUAGGAAGAAGAAGGACGCUACUUCUUCAUAAAUAAAUAAAUAAAUAAAAUAUGCUUUCUGUUUCUUUUUCUCCUUUGGAGUGUGUCAGUUUACUAUUACUUCAUUCUUUUUAAAAGAUGUGUUUGAGAUGGUGCAUCC